UUCAACCUCUCUUCUUCUUCGGAAAAAAGUCUCCCUUUCUUCUCUCUUUUCCUCUCCUAUAAUUCUCAUAUAUAUCUCUCCGAUUCCAUUUGUUUCUCUUAUUCUCUUCUUUUUCUCUCCUGUUUCUGAUUUCCCAUCGAUUAACCUCUUCGUCUUUGACCGGAACCUCCAAUGGCGCCGGGCCUCAGAGACCUGCAGCUCACCCACGUUGCCGCCUCCGACCGCCGCUCCCUCGAUGUUCCUGCUGCUGACGAACUUUCCGAUGAUCUCGAGGACGUGCGUCUCCUCGAUUCCUACGACAGGCAGGACGAGAAUUUGGGCCAAAUUGGGGAAGGCAUGCGGAGGGUUCAGGUCGGAGUUUCUGGGAUGACAUGCGCUGCUUGUUCCAACUCCGUGGAAGCUGCUCUGAGGGGCGUUAAUGGGGUUUUGAUGGCUUCCGUUGCAUUGCUUCAGAACAGAGCUGACGUGGUUUUUGACCCCAACUUGGUUAAGGAUGAGGACAUCAAGGAAGCAAUAGAAGAUGCUGGAUUUGAGGCUGAGAUUAUACCUGAAACCAUUUCAGUUGGAAAGAAGCCGCAUGGGACACUUUUGGGUCAGUUUACCAUAGGAGGUAUGACAUGUGCAGCCUGCGUGAAUUCGGUAGAAGGCAUUUUAAAAGAUCUUCCUGGUGUUAGAAGAGCAGUAGUUGCUUUGGCCACAUCAUUGGGAGAAGUUGAAUAUGAUCCAACUAUAACUAGUAAAGACGAUAUAGUUAAUGCAAUUGAGGAUGCUGGAUUUGAAGCUUCAUUUGUACAAAGCAAUGAGCAAGAUAAAAUUUUACUAGCGGUGGCAGGCAUUACUGGCGAGGUCGAUGUACAGUUUUUGGAAGUCAUACUUAGCAACUUGAAAGGGGUGAGACAGUUUCUAUUUAACAGGACAACAGGAAAACUUGAUGUUGUUUUUGACCCACAAGUCGUGGGUCCGAGAACCAUAGUGGAUGAGAUCGAGGGAAGAAGCAAUAGAAAAUUUAAACUGAAUCUUACGAGCCCUUACACGAGGUUAACUUCAAAAGAUGUUGAAGAAGCUAUCAACAUGUUUCGACUUUUUAUCUCCAGCCUGUUUCUCAGUAUAUUGAUCUUUCUCCUACGAGUAGUAUGUCCUCAUAUUCCUUUAAUAUACUCGAUGUUACUGUGGCGGUGUGGGCCCUUCCUCAUGGAUGAUUGGUUGAAGUGGGCAUUGGUGACUGUUGUGCAAUUUGUCAUUGGAAAACGCUUUUAUGUUGCAGCUGCUAGAGCUCUUCGAAAUGGUUCAACUAACAUGGAUGUUUUGGUUGCUUUGGGUACCUCGGCCUCUUACUUCUAUUCUGUCUGUGCACUUCUAUAUGGUGCAGUCACUGGAUUCUGGUCUCCUACUUAUUUUGAAACAAGUGCUAUGCUGAUAACCUUUGUAUUAUUGGGAAAGUAUUUGGAGUGUCUUGCCAAGGGGAAAACAUCAGAUGCCAUCAAAAAGUUGGUAGAACUUGCUCCUGCAACUGCUCUAUUGCUUAUCCGAGAUAAAGGUGGGAAUUUGAUAGAAGAAAGGGAAAUUGAUGCUUUGCUAAUUCAACCUGGUGAUGUGUUGAAAGUUCUUCCUGGUACAAAGAUUCCAGCUGAUGGUGUUGUUGUUUGGGGAUCAAGUUAUGUUAAUGAGAGUAUGGUUACUGGAGAAUCUAUACCUGUUUUGAAGGAGGUUAACUCGAAUGUUAUUGGCGGUACUAUUAAUUUUCAUGGUGCCCUUCACAUUCAAGCAACAAAAGUGGGAUCUGAUGCAGUUUUGAACCAGAUCAUUAGUUUGGUUGAGACAGCACAAAUGUCUAAAGCCCCUAUUCAGAAAUUUGCUGAUUUUGUAGCAAGCAUAUUCGUUCCUACUGUUGUUGCUAUGGCAUUAUGUACAUUAUUUGGUUGGUACGUUGGUGGAAUUCUUGGAGCUUAUCCAUCAGAAUGGCUCCCAGAAAAUGGAAAUUGCUUUGUGUUUUCCCUCAUGUUUGCAAUAUCAGUGGUGGUGAUUGCGUGUCCUUGUGCACUCGGCUUAGCCACACCAACCGCUGUCAUGGUUGCAACUGGGGUUGGUGCCAGCAAUGGUGUCUUAAUCAAAGGAGGAGAUGCUUUGGAGAGGGCCCAAAAGGUUAAGUAUGUGAUAUUCGACAAAACAGGCACGCUAACCCAAGGGAAAGCAACCGUUACCACUGCCAAAGUCUUCACUGACAUUUCUCGAGGAGAUUUUCUGAAGCUGGUGGCUUCAGCAGAGGCUAGCAGUGAACACCCAUUGGGAAAAGCUAUAGUUGAGUAUGCUCGUCAUUUCCAUUUCUUCAAUGAGCCUUCUGCAACCAAAAAUGUGGAAAACCAAAGUAAAGAGUCUUCUGGAUGGCUUUUCGACGUCAUAGAUUUCUCUGCAUUGCCAGGCAAGGGAAUCCAGUGCUUUAUAGAGGGAAAAAAGAUUCUGGCUGGCAACAGGAAGUUGAUGAAUGAAAGCGGAAUCUCCAUAGCACCUCAUAUAGAAAAUUUUGUUAUAGAGCUCGAAGAAAGUGCAAAGACUGGUAUUCUUGUUUCAUAUGACGACAACUUAAUUGGAGUUUUGGGAAUAGCAGAUCCACUGAAGAGAGAAGCUGCUGUUGUUGUUGAGGGUCUUGUAAAAAUGGGAGUUUCCCCUGUCAUGGUUACAGGGGAUAAUUGGAGAACGGCUCGUGCUGUCGCCAAAGAGCUUGGUAUACAAGAUGUGAGAGCAGAAGUAAUGCCAGCAGGAAAAGCUGAAGUCAUUCAGUCGUUCCAAAAAGAUGGAAGCACAGUUGCAAUGGUAGGUGAUGGCAUCAACGACUCGCCUGCUCUAGCCGCUUCUGAUAUCGGCAUAGCAAUUGGGGCGGGGACUGAUAUUGCUAUAGAGGCAGCCAACUUCGUCUUGAUGAGAAAUAAUUUAGAAGAUGUAAUUACAGCCAUUGAUCUCUCAAGGAAAACCUUCAAUCGGAUACGACUCAAUUAUGUGUUUGCCAUGGCCUACAAUGUGAUAGCAAUUCCUGUUGCUGCCGGAGCCUUCUUUCCUUCUUUGGGAGUUAAAUUGCCGCCAUGGGCAGCCGGUGCAUGCAUGGCUCUAUCAUCUGUAAGUGUUGUUUGCUCUUCUUUACUUCUUAGACGAUACAAAAGACCGAGACUUACCACGAUACUCGAAAUAACUGUAGAGUAGGGAAAACUAUGAGUUUUAUGAAGAAAAGAAAGCUUUAGCUUUAUAGGAUGUGAUAAAGAAAAAAGGGAAAAAACGAAAGAAGCCAGUGUCUACCAAUUUUUGUGUUGAAAUUAGCAUCCCAAUCCUUGUAAAUGGUACUUGUAUUGUAUGAUAGUUUGUUUUUGUCUUUUCAAUUGUCUUCUUUCUAAAGUAAAGUGGUCCAAAGUUGUUGGGAUUCAUCCUACUCAGGCACAGCUCAAUUGUAUGAUCUUUCUGUGAAUUUAUUGAUUUUUCUUGACUUUUGUGUUGUUG